GUUUUUAAAAAUUCCACACCACGUUUAGACGACGACAUUACGUGUGCUUUUGAAAUGCUUCACAGACUGUUACAGUGAUUUAAAAAGAAAAUAUUUUUAAAGGGCAAGUUCAGGAAGUCUUUAAAGCACCCUGGGUAAUCGGCCAUUAUUUGUUUUGAUUUUUACUUUCGCAUCAACAUUGUUGUUUCAGAAAGAAGCAAGAGAUAAAACACAUUUUGCUAAUACACUGUUGUAUUUUAGAGGAGUAUUUUUUGGUAAUGGCAAAUAUGAAAUUAACACAGUUAUCGACUUCAGAAUUCAAACUAGAUUCCGUUGGGGAUUUCUGUUUAAAUUCGAAUGGUAACUGUAUGAUACUAAUUGGGAAUUCGAAUGAAAUUACCAUUUUAGAAUUAAUGAACAGUUGUGAUACUAUGGUUUUAAUGCCAUACAGUAACAAACAAAUAACAAUAUGCCAGGAUAAGCCCAUUAGUGAUAUUAUAAGAGACAUCGAUCUAGUUAAGAUUUACGAAACGGGCACUGUACAUGAAUCCCAAGAAUUGGCUUUGGAUCUUAUAUACACCGCAGAAUGUGCCACAGAACCCCUGAAAGCUCGAUUUCUGCAGGCUGAUAUCAUAACUAAAAAUAAUACUAACUUCUGCUGUAUUCUAACAACUUAUGGCUAUUGUGAAAUUUAUCAAAAAGUUGUCAUCACAGAAGAAUGGAAAUCGUUGGACACAAACUUAUCACAUGUAUUAUUAACUGAUGUAUUUUCCACAAAAGUAUCGCCUACUCAUAUAAAAACAUACAAUGAUCUGAAAACGUUUACAAAUAAGUUUAUAAUUACUUGUUUUGCAAUGUCUGUACAUUCGUCCGAUAUGAUCAUUUACCUGGGCACAGCUGCAGGCUAUGUAAUAGCUCUUAAGUAUGUGGAAGCAACACGCAAGUUUGAGGAACAAUAUCAUUUGAAAACAUCAUUGAAUCGUAUAUCUUGUAUGGUUGUGCACAAUAAUCUUAUGUUGGUAGGAUGUGACCAAGGAAAAGUUCGUUUAGUGAAAAUAAAUUUUGAAAAUAGUUGUCUCCAAGAACUUGACUAUUUGUGGGAUAAAGCAGAUCGCAUGACUUGUCGUAAAGCUGUAUUCACUUAUAGCGAGGAUUUGAGAUCAUAUUUCGUGGUAUUUUGUAAAACAGCACAUAUUUUGGCUUAUCGAGUAGAUUUAGAAGGUGCUGUUGUAUCAAGUUCAACUCUAUAUGUAAGCGGCAUUAAAAUAACUGGUAUUGAAAACAUUAGCGAAAAUGAAUUUGUUAUCAUCACCAUUACUGGUUUAAUAAAAUAUAUUAAGAUUUUAUGUCCUACCAAAGAAGAACUUAACAUCGAAGAACGAGCGAUAGAUCAUGGAUUUGAUUCAGCUAAUUAUCAAAUACUAGGCGUAGCAGCCUCAUCAUCGAAAAAUCUAUGGUCGUUUGUACUUUAUCGCAACAAAGAUUACGUACAUCAAUCAAAGUUCUCACAAACGAGUGCAUUGCUGAACGUAUGCAAAUUAAGCAGCCAAGAUAGUUUUAUCAAAUUAAUUAAUUUGAAUUUAAAAAAUAUGAACGUGGCACAAGAUUUAGUAAUGGCCAUAAAUUUGGAUAUUUUCAAUAAUAUAGAAGUGGACAGAUAUAUAAAUCAUUUAGAUUUGGAGAAAAUUAAUUUCCCCGCUGAAAUAAAUGAUGCAUUUUUACAAAAACUACAAAUAAAAUUAAUAAUUGUACGCAAAUUGGCCACCUACCAAAAAAUGAAAUAUAGAAAAAUCAAAACGCAAACCCACAUUCAACUCCUGAUCUUAGAGCCCGCCGUACAGUUGCUACACAUUUUAAGCCGUUUGCGUUAUUUAAAGCAGCUACAUACUAAAGAAAUUAAACUUUCAAAAUUUCAAGAACUAUCCAUUAUAUGCAUGCACUUGCAAUUUAGUUAUUUAUUAAAUACUCUUCAAUCGAUCAAUAUUAGUGAGGACGAAGAGAUUCCCCCACAGAAGGCAGUUGACAAAUUUACUUUGUUUAUUGUGGGUGAAUUUGAAAACUAUAAAUUGAAUACCGACAAUUUCCCGAAAUAUACCGAAUACUGCAUGAUGUGUAACCAGCCCAUACACAAUUUUGCAAAAUGUGAGCAGGAUCAUGAAAUUAAAAGAUGUAGCAUUUCAUGCACUCAGCUUACUCUGUUCAAAACCAAAUGUUGCCCACACUGUUUCGCAUUGGCUAGAAAUGAUGAUGAUGCUAAAUUACAGGAACUAUUUUCUACUGAAGAGUGCGUUAGGUGCAUAUACUGUAGAUUUUUAUUGAAGCAUGAUGGAUUUUAAUUUAAAAUUAUUUAAAUAUAAUAAAAGCUUUAAAAAGUUAAAAA